CAACAGUUUAUGAAAGAGAAAACUUUUCUCUUUCGUUUACUACCAACAUCUGUGAUUGGCGUGUAACGGUUUGUCCGGAAUUUCCAUUCAAAGUGGAUUUUGACAGUUGGCUUUUAGGCCGUAAUCAUAUGUUUGUCGAGAAUUUUCAUGCAUUUUCUAGCAUAUACUUCUAGUAAAUAUUCAAUGAGUGGAUAGACCGAAUACGUCCAAUGCACAAAAUUUGCAGCAGAAGAAACGAGAGGCAGAUCAAAAAGUAUGAUAUCGGUGAUUAAAAAAAAGUUCUGCGUAUGCCUGGUCCAGACAUUUACAGACUUUUAAAACAGUAAUAAACUGACCGAUUUUCUUCAGAAAAUAAUAGAUGUGUCCCAGCAUGCAAAGAAUUACGAAUCAAAUACCGUUCAUACUUUUACCAUUUAGAUUUUUUUUAAGAAAUUUAGAACUUAAUCUUUCACGGAAUCUUUUUGGUCUUUUUCGGAGUAACGAACCAAUGAUCUCUAAAUGCGCAGGUAUCCUUCUGUUGAUCAACAGCAUGCGGCAGCUGUUCAAAUCGUAAAAUUAUUUCCACAACUUAGUAAUACGCGAGUCACACCAACUGCUCCUGAUGAGUCAUUUUUCUUUUGGCGCAACGGAGGCAAGGAAAAGGGUGCUCAUACUGGCAUGAUAUUUCAUCGCAUCCGGAAUGUCAUCAAACAGCUACCUGCAGGAAAACAUAAAUAUAAUCGAGGAACUAUGCCUGUAGAAGAGUCCGUUUCAACUGAACUUGUAGAGCGGGCUCAAUUGCUCCGAGUAAUGCUUGCAUCGGCAUCAGUAGCAGAACAUAUUUGUGAUGAAAUGGACCGAUGCUUUCCAGUCCUCAAACUGUUAUUAAAAGAAAAGAAACCCGUUAAUGAUAUCUUGGAUAUGUUUCCACACCUGUGUUCAUAUGAAGGAUUGGUGAUUCGUCAAAUGUUUGAGAGAUUGUAUCCUAACAGAACAGAAGGUCUCAAAAUCGAGGAUGUCUUCUCUCAGUGUCUAUCUUAUUCACCGUCCAGAUUCUCUAGAGUAGAAGAUGAUCACAUUCGAGGAUGCUUGAGAAUAAUUUCUCAUAUGCCAAUUCGCGGACAAAAAAGAACGCUGGUAGGCUGUCCAACUGUAGGCGAAGAACAUUCGGCUUCAAUUUUAAUUCGUUGGAUUGGGGAGUGCUUAGAUACAUACGUGGCAUCCCCCGCAACUGAUUCCAAACUACACAUGGUGUGCGUAGCAAGCCCGAUGAAAAGAGGAAAUUAUGCCGUCAUUUGUGAGAAAAAAGUUAUAUUCGAGACUAACAAUUCUAUUCAUGCAGUGGAAAUUUUAUUCAAAUGCUACGCAGUUCUCGGAGUGGAGGUGCCACCUAAUUUUAGAAUGUUUUGGGACUUUCUGGCAUGUGCCAUAUAUAAUAUAAUUCCGCACAGUCAGAGGACAACUGUGAAUAGACUCGUCCAAACUUUUAUUGAAGUUUCCCGCGCACGUAUUGACAACAAAUAAAAGGACAACUUUUUUAUACAAUACUUACUAAAAACCAUAAAA